UGCUGACGUGCGGUGCUGAACGGGAGGGGCGGGCCACCGCCGAACCGUGUGCUUCCGCGGGCUCCGGGGUCGCUGGGGCCUCGUGGCGGGGCGGCUCCACGGGUCUUCGCCCACGCCCUUGCCUUCCCUGUGCCCUCUCGCGGCUCCCGGCGGGACCUGUGCUUCAGCCGGAGACCCGGGAAAGGUGAAGAAUAAAUGUCAUCAUGUCUGGAAUCAAGCGAACAAUCAAAGAAACUGACCCUGAUUAUGAGGAUAUAUCUGUGGCCCUUCCAAAUAAGCGGCAUAAAGCAAUUGAGAAUUCAGCUCGAGAUGCUGCUGUGCAAAAGAUCGAGACUAUUAUUAAGGAGCAAUUCACACUUGAAAUGAAGAAUAAGGAACAUGAAAUUGAAGUCAUUGACCAGCGACUGAUUGAGGCUAGAAGGAUGAUGGAUAAACUUCGUGCCUGCAUUGUCGCAAAUUACUAUGCUUCUGCAGGACUUCUAAAAGUUGCUGAGGGAUCAAAGACAUAUGAUACAAUGGUUUUUAAUCAUCCUGCUAUCAAGAAAUUUUUGGAGUCACCAUCUCGGUCAUCAUCUCCUGCCAAUCAGAGAUCAGAAACACCGUCAGCCAUUCAUUCUGAAAGUGAUUCUUUAUCUCAACACAAUGACUUCUUAUCUGACAAAGACAAUAACAGCAAUAUGGAUAUAGAGGAAAGGCUCACAAGCAGCACAGAACAGAGACCAAGCCGAAAUACUGGAAGGGACAGUUCUAGUAUUACUGGCUCCCAUAAAACAGAGCAGUGGAAUGCUGAUCUUACAGGAGAUGAGACUUCACGACUUUUUAUAAAGAAAACAAUAGUAGUGGGCAAUGUGUCCAAGUAUAUACCCCCUGAUAAGAGAGAAGAAAAUGACCAAUCAACUCACAAGUGGAUGGUGUAUGUCCGAGGGUCUCGUAGAGAACCCAGCAUUAAUCAUUUUGUCAAGAAAGUUUGGUUCUUCCUUCAUCCCAGCUAUAAACCAAAUGACCUUGUGGAAGUUAGAGAGCCUCCUUUUCACCUGACCAGAAGAGGCUGGGGUGAGUUUCCUGUCAGAGUUCAAGUUCACUUUAAGGACAGCCAGAACAAGCGGAUAGAUAUCAUACAUAAUCUGAAGCUGGAUAGAACUUACACUGGCUUGCAGACUCUUGGAGCAGAGACGGUAGUGGAUGUUGAGCUCCACCGGCACUCCCUUGGAGAAGACUCCAUUUAUCCUCAGUCCUCCGAGUCAGACAUCUCUGAUGCCCCACCAUCUUUGCCUUUGACCAUUCCAGCCCCAGUGAAAGCUUCCUCACCAAUAAAGCAGUCACAUGAGCCAGUACCUGAUACCUCUAUAGAGAAAGCAGGAUUCCCAGCCAACACUGAAGCUGAGAGGCACACUACAUUUUAUUCUUUGCCAUCUUCACUGGAACGAACACCCACCAAAAUGACAACAUCCCAGAAAGUUACAUUUUGUUCUCAUGGCAAUUCAGCUUUUCAGCCAAUAGCAUCAAGCUGCAAAAUUGUGCCACAAAGUCAGGUUCCUAAUCCUGAGUCACCUGGAAAAUCCUUCCAGCCUAUCACCAUGAGCUGCAAGAUUGUUUCAGGUUCCCCUAUAUCAACUCCAAGUCCAUCACCACUGCCUCGAACCCCAACUUCCACUCCUAUCCAUGUGAAGCAAGGCACUGCGAGCUCUGUUAUUAAUAAUCCUUAUGUUAUCAUGGACAAGCCAGGGCAGGUUAUAGGAGCCACCACUCCCAGUGCAGGAAGUCCUACAAACAAACUCUCUACUGCCUCUCAGGCCUCUCAAGGAACAGGUUCCCCUAUUCCUAAAAUUCAUGGAAGUAGUUUUGUUACAUCUGCUGUCAAGCAGGAGGAUUCUUUGUUUGCAUCUAUGCCACCUCUUUGCCCAAUUGGGAGUCACCCUAAGGUUCAAAGCCCCAAGCCUAUAACUGGAGGACUUGGAGCUCUCACAAAAGUAAUCAUCAAGCAGGAGCCUGGGGAAGCCUCUCAUGUACCCACAACAGGAGCUGCCAGCCAUUCACCACUCCCUCAGUAUGUGACUGUGAAAGGGGGUCACAUGAUAGCUGUAUCCCCUCAAAAACAGGUCAUAACGGCUGGAGAAGGGACUGCCCAGGCACCAAAGAUUCAGCCCUCCAAGGUUGUUGGGGUGCCGGUUGGGUCUACUUUACCUUCAACAGUGAAACAGGCUGUGGCAAUCAGUGGUGGCCAAAUCCUUGUAGCCAAGGCCAGCUCCUCUGUCGCCAAAGCAGGUGGUCCAAAGCAAGUUGUAACCCAAGGAGUCGCCAAAGCAAUUGUGAGUGGAGGUGGAGGAACCAUUGUUGCUCAGCCAGUGCAAGCCUUAACCAAGGCUCAGGUCGCUGCAGCCGGCCCUCAGAAGAGCGGAUCCCAGGGUUCAGUAAUGGCAACAUUACAGUUACCAGCCACUAAUUUGGCCAACUUGGCAAAUUUGCCUCCUGGCACUAAACUCUACCUUACAACAAACAGCAAGAACCCUUCAGGAAAAGGAAAACUGCUGCUGAUCCCUCAAGGAGCCAUCCUGCGAGCUACCAACAAUGCUAACCUCCAGUCUGGCUCAGCUGCUGGUGGUGGAGGAGGAGGCAGCACGGGAGGAACCCAAAGCCCCGCUGGCCCCGGAGGGAUAGCCCAGCACCUGACUUACACAUCUUACAUCCUCAAGCAGACUCCUCAGGGCACAUUUUUAGUUGGCCAGCCAUCGCCCCAGACAUCUGGAAAACAGCUGACUACAGGGUCAGUGGUCCAGGGAACUCUGGGAGUGAACACAUCUUCUACACAAGGACAACAAACAUUAAAAGUCAUCUCUGGACAAAAAACCACUUUGUUUACCCAGGCAGCCCCUGGGGGACAGGCAUCUCUAAUGAAAAUAUCUGACAGCACAUUGAAGUCUGUGCCUGCCGCCUCACAACUCUCAAAGCCUGGAACCACGAUGCUGAGAGUAACAGGAGGGGUUAUCACAACUGCCCCUUCCCAGGCAAAUGGUCCUGCACAGCAGCAGUCAGAAGGAACAGCUCCCAGUGCGUCAUCCACUGUCGGCUCUGCAGUGAGAGCCUGUGGGCAGCAGCAGGUGUGUGUGAGCCAGGCUGCUGUGGGUGCCUGCAAGGCUGCCGCUCCCUCUGCCGUCGGCGCCACGUCCCUGGUGUCCACACCAAGCCCUGUUUCGGGGAAAGCCACAGUAUCAGGAUUGUUAAAGAUUCACUCCAGUCAGUCCAGUCCCCAGCAGGCUGUACUGACAAUCCCCAGCCAGCUCAAGCCACUCAGUGUAAAUGCAUCUGGAGGUGUGCAGACUAUACUCAUGCCAGUGAAUAAAGUGGUUCAGUCAUUUUCUACCAACAAAUCACCUACCAUUCUGCCUGUAGCUGCCCCAACUCCAGUCGUCCCCAGCCCUGCUCCAGCUACUGUUACGAAAGUGAAGACUGAACCAGAAACACCUGGGCCAAGCUGCCUCUCUCAGGAGGGUCAGCCAGCAGUGAAAACAGAAGAAAGCUCUGAGCUAGGAAACUACGUCAUUAAGAUAGACCAUUUAGAGACUAUCCAGCAACUCCUAACAGCAGUAGUGAAGAAGAUCCCAUUAAUUACUGCAAAAAGUGAAGAUGCCAGCUGUUUCUCUGCCAAGUCUGUGGAGCAGUAUUAUGGCUGGAACAUCGGGAAAAGGAGAGCCGCUGAGUGGCAAAGAGCAAUGACAAUGCGAAAAGUCUUACAAGAAAUAUUGGACAAGAAUCCAAGAUUUCACCACCUGACUCCCCUUAAAACCAAGCACAUUGCUCACUGGUGUCGCUGCCAUGGCUAUACUCCUCCUGAUCCUGAGAGCCUGCGAAGUGACGGGGAUUCUAUUGAGGAUGUGUUGACCCAGAUCGACAGCGAGCCAGAGUACCCGUCGUCAUUCUCUUCUGCUGACAACCUCUGCCAGAAGCUGGAGGACCUGCAGCAGUUUCAGAAAAGAGAGCCAGAGAACGAGGAGGAGGUGGAUAUCCUCAACCUUCCAGAGUCAUUAAAGAUAAACAUCAAAAAGGAACAGGAAGAGAAACCAGAAGAAGUGAAACUCUACUUGCCUCCAACACCAGGGUCUGAAUUUAUUGACAACAUCACACAGAAGAUCGGAAUCACCCUGCAGCCCGUGGCACUUCACAAGAAUGUGUAUGCGUCAGUGGUGGAGGACAUGGUUUUGAAGGCUACAGAGCAGCUGGUGAGUGACAUCCUGAGACAGGCUUUGGCGGUUGGAUACCAGACAGCGUCUCACAACAGACAGACUUGGCAGACGGGGUGCCCUCCCCUAGCUGGCCCGUGCUUCACCUCAGAGUGCUGCACCCUGAAGCCUGCUCCCACAGCCCUGAAGGAAGUAGGAGCGAAAACUUACUCCCACGUCGCAGAUGAACAACAGGCACAGCUGCAUAGAGUUAGCAAGUGCUGAGUCAGCCGCUGUAUCUUACUCUUCACAGACUGCAAGCACCCAGUGUGCUGGACCUCCAAGACAAGGCGAGUGUCGCCCCUUCCCAAAGCUCCAGGUAUCAUCUCCAGGCCACUUAGUAGGGCCCUAGAGGCCCAGAACCUAUAGGGUAGGUUGCCUCCAGGCAAGGUCACUGGUAACCCUUACAUCCAGAGGAAGUGCUAGCCUUGAUGGCACUCAGCAUAGUUACAACUGAGAAGGAAAAUAAGGCUCAGUGUUAUGCUUAGUUUUUAAUAAUUUAUCCUAUUGAAUCCUGCAAAAGAGAGUAAAUCAUAGACCAUGUCAAAAAACCACAAGAUGGCCUGGCUUUUGCAUGGCUAUGUACACGUGGGCACUUGUACAGGGCUGCGGGAAGGGACAGUGGGCUGCCCCUGGGGAAGCUGACUCCCCAGAGGGAAGGGACAAGGCUGGCACAGCCUGGCUGCAUGGCCCCGGAGUAGCAUUCUUCUGAUGAAGACUUAAUUCCUCAAUUCCUCUGAACAAAAAAAGACCUAUUUCUGUUAAUUCUAUCAAUUGCUAGACAGUGAGCUCAGGAAGGCAGAGACCUCUGCCCACAGGAGCACCUGGCCAAGGGGAUGUUCUGUGGAAGUGUCCUGCCGGCCAGGGGCAGCCCCACAUGUGGGCUGGUCCACUCUGGUCUCAUCCCACCCACACCGUGGCCAGGUUUUAGGCCCUGAGGUGAGCACAGCUGGGCACCCCUGGGUGGGCUGUGUGCACAGUGAGCAGCCAGGACUGCCGUGGUCAGCACACAGGGGCCAGGAGCUCUCAGAUUACUUCUGCUUCUGAGGCUGCAAGGUGCCGAAGACCAGCUGCCUGCACCAUCUGCCACUCCAUUUCUGCUGGGGAAGCAGGUCCUCCCCUUCAUGCGUCCUUCUGUCCCCAAACUGAGCUGAGUCUUGGCCUGGCAGCAGGGGUCCCUAAGCAGGAAGCGGCCAGAGCCAGGGUAGUGCAAUGCCAGUGCUAGUGGCCACUUCCAGGGCAGGGCAGGGCUGGGGCCCAAGUGAAGGGCUGCAGUGGGGAUAGAGAAAGGACAUCAGCUAUAGAAACAGCAGGACCUGGUAUCUGCCCAGCAGAGGAGGAAGGCAGACUACAGCUCUGGCCAGGAAGGUAACAACUACAGGGCUGCCUCACUCACCAAGCAGGUCCCACCACCAUCCAGUCCUGUGGGCCUCAGCUGGGCUUUGAGGGCCACAGUCCCUCCCACUGUGGGGCAGGGGCUGCCCAGGGCAAUGCAGAGCACCCUGGACUGUGAGUCGGAGGCCUGGCUUAUCAGCACACACACACGGCUUCAAACAAAUCCCUUAAUUUCUCUGAGCCUCAGUUUCCUCUGCUGAUCCAUGUGCAUAAGGUUAUUAAGCCUCUGUAGUGGGCACUUGGGAAAAGGGGACCCAGGUCUUCAACACUUUACAGUCAGCUGACCCACCCAGGAAGGAACAAGGGAAAUGACUGAGGAAGGAGCUCGUUUAGAAGUGGUGGAGGUAGAACCUGGGCCAAAGGUGCUGAACAGCAGAAGGAAUUCUGGAGGGGAAAGCUCCAGGAGGAAGGAGGCACCAGGCUGGCCGAGGACAGGACCCCUGGGCCCAUCAAGCCAAGCAAGUGAGGGCUCAGCUCUCCAUGGAAACCAUGGGCCAGGCCAAGUGGCCGACCGCAAGUACUCUUGACAUCUUUGGGUUCCCUGCACUUGUUCAUUUGCUUUGUUUUGUGAAUUUUUUAAACAGUUCACUUAGGUAACAUGCAUCUUGCAAGAUAGCAGGCAGGGUACAGCUGCUCGAGCCAGGCUGUGGGGUGUCCCAGGGGUCAGGUGGCAUGGUGCUGGGGGGAGCCAAGCUCAGCAGUGUCCUGUGUGUCUGCCAGGGUUGGGGGUGUGGGACCCAGGCAGCCAAGCUCUUGCUAAUUCUGCUUGACAGACGAGGAAAGGCUCAGAGAGGCCAAGUGACAUGCCAACUUUAUAUAACCAGAAGGGGUCCCCCAUGAGUCCCAGGUCCUGUCUCCAUGGCCUUUCCACCACUGCAGGCCUCAGUGACUCAGAGGAGGCAGCACCUUAGAGGGUGAUUAACAGGGUUACAAAUGGGCUCUGCUCUGCAUGACCUGUGCCAGCCCGGUAAGUUCCUCGUCUGUAGCCUGGGGACAGCAAGAACUGAACUGACAUCUUGGAUAGGUGGUCUCCACAGGAAGUCUUGAGCCUGGUGCCUGGGGCAUUGAAGCAGAGUAACAACUAGAACCUUUAGUAUGACUGGAGCUGGGAGGACCCAGCAGAACAUCUAACCAGCUGUCCACGGUUAAGAGGCUGCAUCUAAAAGCCCAGCCUUUGCUUGAACGCUCGCAGGGAGGACGAGCUCAGCACCACACAGGCAGCUCCCUCCAUUGCCAGCACAAUUAUUAGAAAGCGUUUCCCUCUCCGAGCUGUGGCUAACUCCCUGCAAGCUCCACUCAGGGAGCUCGGUCCUGCUUUAACCCCUCUGUCCCACUCCAGGCGCCUGGAACAUCAGCCUUCUGAAAGCGCUGCAGGCCCAGGACCCCGGCCUUCCAGACCUCUCACUGCCCAGGCCGCUCCAGCUGGUUCAGGGCAUCAGGUGGCAGUCAGAGCCAUCGAGCUGGCUGGGGCCUGAGCAGGGCUCAGUGACCGUCCCACUGACAUCCCGCAGGCAUUGCAGUGGCUCAGCUUGAUCAACACAGGAUCCUGAGCACAGACCCACCCAGCAGCAACCACUCCCCAUCAGGCUCCCGAAGAUUCACACAUCCUGUGGGAACCUCUUGAUGACGGUGCUGGUGCCCAGGGGUACACAAAGUCCGCAGGAUGAAUUUUACUGUAUGGAAAUUCUACCUCAAUACAGUUGCUUUUAAAAAUAAUAAAAUUGAGGAAAGUUUAUACCUUUUGACCCCUUAAUUCCACAAGUAGGAAUUUAUACUAAAAUUAUGGCCAAGGAUUUAACUAUAAACAUGCUUAUUACAGAAGUUCUUUUCUAAAAAAAAUUUUUUUUUGAAAAGCUAAUACUUGUACUUUUUUUUUUAAAGGACCAGUUCGAAAGAGACAGAGAAAAGUGAAAAGUCAGUUUCCUUCCAUCCAUGACAGCCUCUAUCCCUCUUUUCCCAUCCUCCUCUCCCCAGAGGUUACCAUUUUCUCACACAUCCAUUCGGAGAUGCCCUGUGCUUCUGUGAGCAGAUAUGGACAUAUCAAAACCCCUUUAAAAACACAAAUAGUAGCAGGCAUGCUGUUCUGCAUCUUGCUUUUUGACAUGCACCCACUGAAGCUCUUCCCUUCUCAGUACAUUCUGGGCUUCCCAGUAAGUCAUCCUGUGGUGGGGCAGAACUAACUAGUCCCCUCCAUCUGUAGGACAAUGGGGUGGUUUCCAUCUUCCACUGUACAGUGUUGCAGCCUACCUUAGUUCCCACCCCAAUCCAAGAAAGCUUGUAGGGAAAAUUCCUGGAAGUGAAGUAACUGGAUCAAAGGGACAGUGUUUUUAAUAGCCCUGAAUUAGGAAAACACUAAAUAUCCAAUGACAUGUGAGUAGUAACAUGGACAGCCAUCCACAAGAGGUGAAGAAAAUAACAAGUACAAUAAUAAUCUAACCAUGUAAGAAUUACAAAUGUGCAUGCCCUUUGAUACAUGUAAAGGAUUAAAAAGAACCACCAGUUUGGGGUGGGGUUUAGGGGACACUCGUUUUCUUUAUUGUAAUUUCUGUUUUUCCAAUUUUUCUACAGUAUGUAGAACUUUUGUAAAAAAGAAAAAAAAUAAUUGUCCAGGGACAGAGGUGAGGAGGGAGGUGGAAGGGGUGAGGACAGGGCAGGAGUCAUAGCCCUGUCCUCAGUGAAAGCCA